CCUCCUCUUCCUCUUCCUCUUCCUCCCUGCUCUGCUCUGCUCUGGUGUGGUGUGGUGUGGUGUGGUCACAUCUGGAGAACGUCGAGCAAAGCGAGAGCUCCUGGCCUCCUAUGGACAGCGGACUGAAGCUUGUCUGAAAGGGUGAAGUAUGGAAGACCGCUUGCAUGCUUGUUGCGCUAUCAGCGGCGAGCAUGGCCUUUCCCAAGCAUUCCAUCCCGCAGGCCCUCGGCUUGCUGGUCCUGGCCGGGCUGUUGGUUCUGGGCCAGGUCCCGGGGGAACCGGAGGCGGAGGAGCCGGCGAGGCGGCCCGAUAUCGCUGUGGCGAAAUCGGAUCCCAGCAAAUGCCCGACGGACUGCAGCUGCAUGGCCGAGGGGGCGGUGGAUUGCGCCGGAGUGGACCUCGUGGAGUUCCCCAGUGGUCUGCCGAACACGACCCGCCAGCUGGAGCUACAGAACAACAAAAUAGAGGCGAUAAGAGUGGAGCACCUUUCAUAUCUCCAUCAAGUGCAGACGCUCAACCUGCAAAACAACCGGAUCACCACCAACGGCCUGGAAGAUGAAGGCUUUGAUAUGUUGGAGGAACUGGCUUACCUGUACCUGGGCAACAACAAGCUUACCUCAGCACCAAAAAUCUUACCGCCUUCAUUGGUCAGCGCCGACCUUGCUGCCAAUCAGCUGACCGAGAUUUUCCCAUACACGUUUGGUUACAAGCCAAAGCUAAGACUAACGAUGCAAGUUUCCAGCACUGUGUACCUCCACAACAACAACCUAACGGACGCCGGGCUUCCUGAUCACAUGUUUAACUGCUCCGACAAUCUGGAGAUCCUCACCAUGUCAAGCAACUUACUGCGGACCGUCCCUAAGAACCUGCCCCGCAGCCUGUACCGUCUCCACCUGAAGAGAAACAAGCUGGAGAAAAUCCCCGCCGGAGCCUUCGACAGCAUGCCGAAACUUCGCGAGCUUUAUCUGCAGAACAACUUUCUCAGCAACGAGGGCAUGGACAACGAGACCUUCAGGUGGAGAAACGAGCCUCUUGAACAGCCUGGAAUAUUUGGACUUGUCCAACAACAACCUCAGCGUGGUGCCUAAAGGUCUGCCUCGCAACCUGCUGCUGUUGCACCUAGAGAAGAACUCCAUCCGCAGCAUCCCCGCGGAUGCUCUCGUUUCCGCCCGGAAUCUGGAGUAUCUUCUGCUGCACAACAAUAAGCUGCGCUCACGUUUCAUCCACC